AUGAGCAACAUGCUCAGGGCAAAAAAAGCACGGCGGCGGGCCUUUGAACCGACGGGCUCGGGCGGUCGUCGACGGUGUGCUCUCACCUCUCAACUCGCCAAAAGGCGCGCCGCCCCUACCUAUUCCUUAUUAGGGACGGUGGCCGCGUCGUUGGCACCGUGCCGACUAACGCCCGCCUCUUAUCGCCCACACAGGAUAUCCGCUGUCGUCUCAUCACUUUACAUGUCUUUCGGGGCUCCUGUCUUGUUUAGUUAUUGUCUUUUGACUUUAUCUUCCAUUUUUCCAAGUUCUCUUCUUUUGCUGUACUUGUAUCGAUUCUUUGUUUAUUUAUUUAUAAGACCCGGGUCUUUCAAUGCUUCUCACAGUUCCAAAAUAAUGUAAUUUAUCCUUUUUAGGGUUCACAAUUCUUUUAAACUAACUGGAAUACUUUUAUCUUUAAAGUUAUACAGGAAUCAAUGAUUUUUUUCAAGAGUUUCAUAUUUUCGUCUUAGUAGCUCAUUUGAAAUAGGAUUUGUUGUUUUUUAGUUUUAGUUCUUAGUGGGAAUUUUGAACGUUUUUAGAACUGAUUUGAAAAAUUAGAAGUUUGAAAAAAAAAUUGAAUUAUUUGUGAAAAUUUUUUUCAUGCUUUCUUCCAAAAUGAGCGUGCUUUUUUUCAGUCCAAAAACCAGAUUUUAUCAUUUUUAAAUCUGUGAUUUUUUUUCAAGCUUCUCUUCAGUUUCCCUCUGACCGACUUUGUUAUUUUUCCUUCGCGUUGUCUAUCGUCGAAUCUAUACAGUAAGCCUUUCACAGCUAUCUGUACGAAAAUCUCCUUUUUCUCAUUUUCCAAGCUUUUAGUCCCAUUUCGAAUAUAAAAAAGCAGUUAAACGUCCCGCGUUUUUUUUUUUCGUUUAGUCAAUAUUUGUCCAUACUUCUCUUAUAUUGUGACUAGUUACAAUUUUUUGCAGUCAAAAUGGCCAACAUUUUCCGAAAUCUUUUCCGGCACAAAAAGGUCACCAACAAGGAGAAUGAGUCGCCGCCGCCGGAAGAGUUUGUGAGUGGAUUUUAUUUCAUAUAGAGUAAUUUCAGCUGAUUUUGACGAAAAGGUGAACAAAAUAACAAGAAAUAGGAAAAAAAGCUUCAAUUUUUGUAGUAGGUUUAUAAGUUCAAAAAAAUCUUGAAAGAAGUUUGAAAUUUGAGGAAAUUAAUUGAUAAUGGAAUCGGUGAUAUUUUUAUUUUUAUAAAUUUGAUUUUUUUUUGAAAAAGACAUUUGUAUUUUUCUUUUUGAAAGGUUUACUUUUUAUAUUUUUUUAGGAGUUUCAUGUUUAUUUUGAGCUUUUUUAGAAAAUGUGAGUAUUCCAUUCGAGACCCUUUAUGGUCAAUUUAAAGGCGCAGGGCUUUGAGAAAAAUUGACCUUUUUUUCGUUGACGUUAGCUAGCAGUUUUUAGAACUUUGGACAUAAAAUGGUAAAAAUUUUUGUAGAAUAGAAAUAGAGCCCAAAUAAUUUUACAAGUGUCAUUUGUGAAUCAAAUAAAUGUUUUUAUUGGAAAUGAAAGGAGCUAUAAUUAAAUAAAAUAAAUCAUAUGAAUAAUUUGAAGGAGCGAGGCCGAACGAGCCGUCAUUCGCUUCAUGAGCCAAAACGGUCCGGCCGCCGUUGGACGAGAUUCGCAGACGAUGGAGACCUGCCCGCAACGGCCGCUUAUCACACGACUUCCACUAAGAAGUUCCCCAAGGGACCUCAAAGUUGUCCUCUUGGGUAAGGAUUUGCAAUUCUACAAUACAUUAAGUUGAAGAUUUUUCCGCGUGAAAGUUCACGUUUAUUGAGUUUUUUUAGAUUUUUUUCUAUAGAUUUUCAUAAAAUCUUUUUCUGAUAAAGUUCUUCAUGACCUAAAAAUGGCCAGCUGCUGAAGUUUCCACUUGAAUUUUGUUUCAAAGUAAGUUUUUCGGCUCAAUUUUCGUUUGAAAGUCGAAUUUAUAGUGAUUUUGAGAGAAAAUAGAAACGGAACUUCAAGAAAUCUUUUUUCAGAAAAACUUUUCAAUUGAAAAAGAUGCAAGGUAAGAUUUUUCAAAAACAAUUUUCGAAAAACGAAAAGAAGCUCGAAAAAUGGGAAUCGGCUUUUUUUGACUCGUAAUAUCAGUUUCUCCUAAACAAGUCACUUAAGAGGCAAUAGUUUUUUCAUAAGUCACUUUAUGCUUCAAAAUUCCUAGUUUUUGAAAAAAAAAUUUCUUCACUUUUUCCUUACGAAGACUCAUAAUAGUCAAUGUACUUCUGAAUAAUAUUGGCAUUUUCCAGUUACCGCGAAGAGUCAGAAGCUUCGAAUCGCUCGUACGAGAUCGACGUUUACCACGGCGGCAACAAGAACGGCAACAACAAGAAGGAGAAGCGGAAGCGCGACGACGUGCCGCAGCAGAAGUCGCGACGCGGCGACCGCGACUACAGGGAAACCGCCUCGAUGGUCGGCGGCCAACGUUCGCAGCGAUACGCCGAGCCGCACUACCGCCGCUCGAUCCGCGAGUCUUCCGAGUACGGCAGCGGCGAUCCGUCGCCCAUCGGCCAGAUGGGCCCCCGUCACUCCCACUAUGACGUCAUGCUCGACGACUCCGAGAACGACGACUUCGACGUCAACCAGCAGAUCCGGGUCAGUUCUUGCCUUUUUUUGGGAAAAAUUUUUUCUGAUAUUCUGAAAAACUCUGUAUAGCUUGAGUCGCAAAGGGGGCGUGGCCUCUCUGCGCUCUCCACGAGCCAGGCACUAUCCCUUUUAUUAUCGUGUCAGGACACUUUUUUUCGAGAUCAGCUAUAGAAAAAAAUUCAACUUUUCAUUUUUUUCCAAGAUCCGGCCCAAAUCUUUCUUUUUCACCUUUUUGAGAAGAAAGAAAGAAUUUUGAAAACAUUUGAGUAGAAAAUUCUUACCCUUGAUCUUUUUAACUUGAAACUUCUCUUAUUCUUCAUAUUUUUCAUUUUUCACCAGAACUCCCACAAAAAAAUUCUUGACCUCGAAAUAAGGAAAAAAAGGAAGAAUUAUGUCAAUCCAUUUCAAUUUUUUUGCUGUUGAAAUUGGCAAAAAAAGUCUUCAAUUUUUCAUAUUCAGUGAACCCACUUUGGAAUAAAAAAACAAGAAUUAUAUGCAUUUUUCAUCACUUUUUUUGAUGGAUAUGUGAAAAAUCCAUAAAUUAUUAUUUUUUUAGAAGCUAUAUAGUUAUAUACUUUUUUCAAAAAUCUCAACUAAAAAGUGCAGAAAAUAAUUCAAUUUUUCACCAAAACAUUCUUUUUUGUCAAAAAAAAAAUUAAAAAAAGUUGUUUAUUUUCGUCAUUUCAGAUAGUUGAAAAGUCGCACCAACAAUAUGUUCGUCUUUGGAAAGAAUCGGAGAAAAAACGGCUUGAGGAAGAACAACGGGUACGGGAACUGAUGAAGGAGCGGGAGCGUCAGAACGAAUUCCAAUUGGUUUGUUUUGGAUAUUAAUUGAUUAAAAUGAGAGCUAAUCAAAGUAUCAAUUGGAGUAAUCAAAAGAAGAAUUUUUUAUCAAAUUUUAAUGUUUCAGGACCUCUUCCGACAAAUCGACAAGCUGACCAAGGACAAGGAACGUUACAAGCGCAAGAUCAAGGAGAUGGAAUCGGUUGGUUUUUUUUUUGAUUUUGAAAUGAAUAGAUGUUUUUGAAGGCAAUUUUUCCAUUUUUUUUUUCGAAAUGUCUCUCAAAAGAGGGGGGAACAAGUCCUAGAGUGGAAUAAGAAAACUCUUAAAAUUGAGAGAACGAAACAAAGUUGAUUUUGGAAAUUGCUAAAUUGAGACUUCUGCUCUUUUAAACAUUCCAGCAAGAGUUUCAAUUGGAAAAAAAGCGAAGUUUGGUGCCAGAAAAUCUGAAAAAUCAGUUCAAAAAUCAGAAAAUCUUAAAAAUCAAAAAUAAAGUAGAUUUUUAAAAAUAUUCCUCUAUUUUUUGUGGUUUUUAUCAAGUUUUUUUUUGCUGUCGAGUUCGUCAGAAAGCCUCAAAAAAUCAGUAAGAUUGAUAGCGAAAAGGAUAAAUCUUAAAAUUUUUCGGGAAAAUCAACAGCUAACUUUAAAAAAAUUGUCUGGAUUUUGUACAUUUUUUUCUCAAUUUUUCACACGUUUUUUUGCUGUGUAGGACACCAGAAAAACCUCGAAAAUUAAUUUGAAUCAAAAAUUAGAAAGAUAAAAUAUAAAAUCAUCGAAAAAAAUUGUCCUUUUUUUCCUUGAAUUUUUUUGUCAAAUUUUUUUCACAUUUUUUUCGGUGUCCUGACAGUGUCAGGUUACCAUUACGAACAAUAAUGACUGUAAAAUAAAUAUUUGCAGCAAAUGCGAGACAUGCAGUCGGCGCGGAUGUACCCGAACAGCUUCGGGUUCUGCAUGCAGCCGGGCGCGCCCUCGAUGCAAUCCUCGGUGCAUCACUCGCAGCGGAUGUCCUACAUGACGCCCAUCGGCGGCGUCUCCUCCUCGAACACGCCGACGACCAGCGCCAUGGACAGCACGGCCUACGGCGCCGGCGAGACGAUGGCCCAGACCUCUGAGAUGAGUCUCCUCCAGCCCCAGCAGCUCGGCCAGCUCCACCUCAGCUUCACCAACCCGCCCUUCUGCAACCCGGAGAUGGACGACGAGGAGGACGAGACCAAGAACUUCCGGACCAACACCUCGUCGUUGUCCAUCGAGACUCCGAGGUGUUCGGCCGGCACGUCGACCGGCGAGAUCCUCGCCGAGAUCCACAAUGCCGCCGCUUCUGUCGGCUCCGAGAGCGAUAUUACUCUCAAUGAGGUGCAUAUUUUGAUCUGUUUUCGUGAUUUAGCUCGUAGAAAUUGUAUAGACUUUGAUUUGAAGUGGAAAAUAUCGAAUCUGAAAUUUUUUCCUAACAUCUUGUAUAGUCGAUUCACGGCUAACUUAGGACGUCAAGGGGCAUGUCUGCGCCUCCAUCAACCAGGCACUAUCUCAUUUAUUAUCGUGUCAGGACCCUUUUUUUGAUGACUCAAUAUAGCUUUUUAAAAACGUUCACCAAAAAACUUGAAUAUCAGCAAAAAUAAAUGUUUUUGAAACUUGAGCUGUAUAUCUUUCGAUUUGUUUCGUGAAGGUUUAAAAAUUUUUUUAAUUUUUCGAACCUUUGAGCUCAACUUUCAUCCCUUCAAAAACCCAAAAAAAAAAAUGUUUACUCCAAAUCUUCUAAUGGACAAAAUAGCUAUGUGAAAGUGAGAUUUAUUUUCGAUAUUAUUCUAAAUUUAUCAAUUUUUUUCAUUCCAUUUCUAGUUUCAAAACGAAAAGAACCAGAAAACAGCACAAAAAAAUUCACUUUUAAUUCUAACGCUUUCAAACAAGUUUUACAAUCAUUUCACCACAAAACGUACUUUCUUUGGUUUUUUUAUGUGAUUUUCUAAAAAAAAUACCCUUUGUGUAUCUUAAAAAAAACACUAAGUUUGCAUUUUCAGGCUGUUCAGCGUGACGAGGGCUACAGCACGACGACAGACCGUUCUUCGGCUUGUGGAGGUCGUCGACAGAUUUCUGGCGAGAACACGAAAAAAUUGACCCUUACCCGAAGAACUUCCGCAACGAGUAUUUGAAUCAACCAAUUUGCAAUCAAACGGUGAAACCUUCACAAAUUUAAUAGCUCAUUCAUUUAUAUAGGUUCUUGUCCUUUUCUUCACCGCACAUUUUCCAAACGUUCUUUAGUGAUAUUUUGACAUUUUUCCAUGUAUUUUCGCGUCUUGUCUUCCUGUGUGAAGCCCAUUUUUCGCUUAUUUAACGCUGCUAAUACCGCGCAUUUCUCAGAUUUCUUGUGAUUUUCUUGUCACAUUUGCUUCCAAAAGCAUAACUCUUCAAUGUACUCUGUUACCGCCUUCACUUGCUUUCAAAGGCUUUUUUUGCUUCGUUCUAGCGUCUUUUUCUCUGUUUUUUAUUUUUGUCUAAUAUAAAUUUAUUAAUUAAUUAUAUGUUUCUUUGUGCUUGAAAAUUAAAGAGAGGGAAGUUUUUCAACAGAGGAAAACAUUUUUUUCCGUACUUUAAUAAGAAAAGGAAAUUGUCAACUAUCCUGGGAAUAUUUUUCGAUUUUUAUUUUUAGGUUUUAAUUAAUUAUGAUUGUUUCGUUUCGAAACUUUCGAAAAAAAGUUAGAAAUCCACAAUCAAGGUUUGUUUUUUACCUUGAAAGGAUUGAUUUAAUUUCCUUGAUGAAAAAAAGAAUACAUUAAAUUUUUUUGUGAAGGAACAUCUGCAAUGGUUUGCGAGAAAGAUUUUUUUAUAAAAAAUUCUACUAUAUACUUCAUUCUCACCGAAAAAAAUUGCAGCUGUGGAACAGGCAUCGAAAAAAAUUUUCUGGAUUUUAAAACGGGUUUUUUUUUGCUUUCGAUUGGAAAAAAAAGCCUUCUUCAUUAUUUGAUGACUUUUAUUCAGUAAUACAUUAAACUAAGCUAUAGUUUUGAUAUUUUCUGUUUUGCGAAGAUUGGAAAAAGAAUAAUAAAACAGUUCCGGUUAAAGUUCUUUGUUCUUUUGAGUAACAUUUUUCUGGUAUUCGCGUCUUUUUUCAAUAUUUGAAACUAGUAUAUAUAUGAAUGAAGAAACUUUUCAUUUUUUUUUAAAACUGAAUAUCCUGUUGGAAAAAGUCUUUUUGGAAAAAGAAAAAAAUUUUCUUCCUGUACUUGGAUGAAAAAGAUACGCCUGGAAUACGGACUCAAGAGAAAAAAGAAAAGCAAAAGUAAAAAGAUUAAAAAAAAAGCUUUUUCUGUACUAAAAAAUAUGUAUAAUGUACCUGUCCAAACCAUUCUGCCCACUGACCAAGAAUUUUUCCACCUGGAAUGCGGACUCAAGAGAGGGAUGAAGCUGAAGUGCGCGGCGAACGGUUUGCCUCCGGCAGAGCGCCAAAAGCUCUCGCAGAGCCGCGGCCGGGGCAGGCUUUCCAGCCUGUAACAUCCUCCUGAGAAGGAGCACUUCACGCGCCGCGACACACACGGUCGUUGCUCCGUGGGGCGCCCGCCUCCGCCGUUUUUUUUUCUUCUGCCCGAGGAGAAGCCGGCGCCACUCGCCUUUUCCGUACUCCCUUCGGCGCUUCCCCAAUCAUGCCUCUGCCAUUCCAUCCCGCCUUUGGUGGUUCGUAUCACUAUCAUUAUCUUUGUUAUAGUCGGUUUUUUUCGAUUUGAAAGGCGAGAUGACCAGGUUCUAGACUGGCAAGGGUGAUGUUCCUUUCAGGGACCACUGACGACUUUUCCGAAUUUUCCAACUUGCUAGAGAAAUUUCCGAAGAAUUCUUUUAGGAUUCUUUUUCCAUAAUUUUCGAGCUUUGAAUAUCCUCAUAGUAAUUAUAAAGUGUAGUCAUAAAAAAAGGAAAUUUUUUUCAUAAUUAUGGAAAAAAACGAAAAUGGCCGGAAAAAAAGUCGAAACCAAAAAGAUUUUUUUCUAGCGACAGGAAAGAAUCGGAAAAGGCGCCAUCCUUCUUUGAUUUUUUUCUUCGUACCGAAAAAAAGUAAUCGAAUCAAUUUUUUUGUUUUAAAAAUUUAGGAAGUGCCUUUAGUAUUAAAAAAAACUCCAGCAACUAUUCGUUUUUAAAAUUCAGAAGAAAGUGAACUUUCUUGAUAGAUUUUCAACAGAACCUUCAAAAUUAAAGUAUUCACCUCCUUUGGAAUUUUUCAAUUUUUACUACAAAAUUCAGUAAGAACCAAAGUUGAAGCUCAAAGAAGUUGAGGUUCAAAGCUUGCAACAAAUGAAGAGAAAAAAACAUAACGCGCGCGAUCGUGGAACCAUCUUCUCGGCCGAUGAUACUUCCGGUUUUUCCGUUUUUCACCCUUAAUUCGGAAACGGAGGUCUGAUCAAGCAUAGAAGGGUGUGAAAAAAUAUAAUUGUUGCGCAGAAAAAAAAAGAAUAUUCUGUUAGAAGUGAGAAUUAUGAGGCUUUAUAGGCUCGAAAAAUUCAGUUAAGACAAUCCGGGACGUUCUGAAAAAAAAAAAUUGAAAAAAAAGAAGAGAACAAAUAGAAGUUCAGCGAGCAUAUGGGUGAAUGAAUAGGUAGUUUUGAAUGGAGUACAUUAAACUUUGAAACAACUCAGUUUUGUCGUAAUUGAAGGAAACAGAAACAUUUACGAAGAAAUUAUAUAUAAAUUUUUUUCCAGAAAACGACCCAAGACCCCGCCUUUUCUGUGUUUCCUACGCCCAGCCGACCAUCAAAUCGGUUGAUGAAGAGCCGGUACGAAAUAUUUUCAAGACGUAGGAUUUUUGCGAAGCGGAGCAUUCCGAAACAUUCCAGAACUUUUUUUUUGAACUUCGAUAUGUGUUUUUGUGGCUACCAGUGAUGAGCGGAAGACGUUUUUUUUUUCCGCCUGUCGGCGGGAACGGAAACGGAACCCGAAAUCUGGACGGAAGACGGAAACGGAAAUUCCGCUCAUCACUGGUGGCUACCUUACUUCUGUUGUAGAUGUGCAGAAAAAAUGGAAAUUUCUUUUUAAAGAAUUUUUUCUUGAUGUAGACGAAAAUCUUAUGCCGACCUCAGAGUAACCUCGCCAAAAUCAAAACUUCCUCUGAUUUUCCAAAAUUUAGUUGUCUUUUCACUCUCUGACGGUUGAUUUGACUUUCGCGGAACUUAUUUUAUUGAAAAAAAUUUCUGAUUGAUAGAUUUUUUUGACUUUUUCAAAUAGUAUUUCAAAGCAAAAACAAGAUCCUCGAAUAAGUUUACCAAAUUUAAACGCAAAAUUUCAUCAUGUCGGAAUACUCCGCUGAGCAAAGAUCGUACUUCUUGGAUUUUCUUGAAUUUGUGAAGAAAAAAAAGGAGAUGAUCAUAGGAAGAAAUCUAUUCGUCUUUGAAGAAGGCGCGCGGCGAAGACUCUUCCUCCAUAAGUUCGUCUUCCUACUCGGACAGUCAUCACGUCACUCGCAUCCCACUUGGGUUUGAAGUUUUGAUUUUUAUCUUUUCCUUUGAACAAAAUGAAAUUAUUACGACAGCAGCUUCUGCAGUUCAUAUGCGUUGGGUUUUUUUAGCGCCGUUUUAUAAAUUUUUCGUAAUUUCAGUCUUCGCAAAGUUCCUAUUGAAUAAAAAUAUUUAUUUUGCAUUGGAAUACUCUCAAAGAAGGUUUUUUUGGCAUUUUUAUAAUAGAUAAGUGCAGAAAAUGUCUCUAAAAGUGAUCAUUUUUUGAUUUAGCGCCAAAACGCAUCGCAUCCGCUUCGCACAUGAAAUAAACCGAGAAAAAUUGUUUAUAUCACUGUGGUGUAUGUAGAUAAUAGAUCACGUGGAAGAUGAAGCCACUAUAUAAAGGUCUGUUCUCACAGACCCUCACGAAGCACCUCGCCCCUGUCGGCCACGACAACGACAGCGACACACCCGAUGGGUCCGCGUCAAGAGGGAAGUAGAAAUAGGAGAGCAGGCGCCAUGGUUGGUCCGGGGCGACGCGGACCCAUCGGGUGUGUCGCUGUCGUUGUCGGGGUCGGCAGGGGCAAGGUUCUUCGUGAGGGUCUGUGAGAACAGACCUUUAUAUAGUGGUUUUAUCUUCCACGUGAUCUAUUAUCUAUACGCCACUCACCAUCCAACAUCUUUUCUUGUCAGCUCACAUGUUAAGAGAAAGUUCUGCCUUUUCACACCUUCACUGGUGAAUCGAGAGGUAGAUACAAGUAGGUACCGGGUAGCAACUCAAGUCAACCGGCGAAUCGUAAUCGGUGGUCAUUUGUAUGCCACCGGGUACUAUCUCUAUGGUACCUGGUUAGUACCUGAUCGUUAUCGGGAUGCUACCGGGUAGGUACCUGAAAUUCGCAAUGACUACUGGCUUCCACAUUGGUCGUUUAUAUACCAUCAGUGUUUUUUUUACACCUUCCCAAGCCUUCCAUGGUAUUAUUGGACAAAGCUGAAACAAAAAAUAACGACCCGGGAAGCAAUUCCAGACUUUCCGGUAGCAAUCGCGAAUGUCAGGUAGCUACUUGCAUCGACCCAGGUACCAUAAAGAUGGUACCCGGUCGCAUACAAACGACCACCGAUUACCAUACGCCGAUUGACUUUUUCAAAAGUUGCUACCCGGUAGCUAUUUGUAUCGACUUCCCGAUUCAUCUAUGUUCAAAACGAAAAAGGGCCGAAUCAUGGAUAACAGAUUUUCGAACUAAAGUCCAAUUUUAAUCUUUGUUGAAUCGAUUUUCAAGUAUUUCGCCUUUUUCGUCCCUGCGAGGAGUUUUUUUUUACUUAGAAUGUUUUUUCACUUCUAUAUUCACGGCUGACUUGAGCCAUAGAAAAAAGGGGUCCUGACACGAUAAUGCACGAGACAGUGCCUGGCUCGUGGAGAGCGCAGACAGGCCACGCCCCCUUAGCGUUUCAAGUUAGCCGCGAAUAAGAUAUAUCAAGGCAUUCUUUGUGUUUUUCUACUCAAAAUUUCUUUUAUUUUUUGACACAGAUAUAACGAUAUUGUUAACACUAUUUAUUUCCAUUUCUCAGCCUUUGAUUUUUUGAAAAGUUAUAAUACUGAUUUUUAUUCUCAAAACGAACGUAUGAGCCGAAUUUAAUCAAUUUUCAGAAGUCCGCGACCUGUAGAGCCCCGAAAUUCGUCUUCUAACACGGUUAUUCAUGUGUCUGCCGGUCCACAACGUAUAAUUUCAUCGACCGCCUCGUUUUCCAACGUUUUUCAACCAUCUAGUUAUAAGGUAAAAUUUCAACCUAUUUCCGUUAUUAAUUAAUUUUUGCUGGAGAGAAUUUUUUUAUGUGUUCGUUUUUUUUUCCCCCAAAGAUUCUAGACUUUCCAUUUUUUUUUAAAACCAUUUAUAAGGUACAACAUUGUAAAGUUGCCCAUUCUAAGCUGGAAUUUGUUCGAAACAAUGACCACUAAGUUUUUAUAAACGGGAUUCUAACCAUUACUGUUUCUAAACUGAAAUAUAUACUUAAAAUGACAAUUUAUCAAAUGUUGGGAUUUUUGGUUAACCUAAUUUAAAAUGUGACGAAAUAUCCAAAUGCAGCUUUGACAGCUGUUCGCAAGGCGGUCGCGACGCGUUUUUUGGCGUUUGUCCAAAUUUUGGCGUUUUUUAAUUUGUGUGACAUCUCCUAUUAAAAAAAUGAUUUUAUUUACGGAAAACACUUUUGGAAGAAGCGGAAACAUUCAAAAAGACUUUUCAGUUGAAUGUUUUCUUUUUAAAGAAAUUAAUUUUCAGCCGGAAGUGAAAAUCAGACCCACAACGAGUUCUGAAGAUGUCCGACGACGUAGCCGUCAUCCUAGCGGAGGUAAAAAAUCAUUCAAAUUGAGAAAAUAGAAUAUAAUUCGGGCCAAAUCCGCAGCCAGCUGUUUUUUGUUUGUUUUCUUAAGGACCUGUUUUUUAUGAGAUUCUUUGGUUCCUUAUCCUGGGAUUUUGAAAGAAUUUCCAAAGAUCAAGCUUUCUCUCACUUAUAGCUUGAUAUUGUCGGAAAUACCUUCUGAAAAAAAAAAUGGAAUAUUUAUUUUUGAAGUAGAAGUUUGAAAAGUCAGCAGUUUGUUUUGAAAAAAAUUAUCAGAAAACUUGGAAAAUCCGAUUUUUUUUCGCAUUGUAUCGCCUGCGGUUCUUUUGACUGAAAAUCGCGUUGGGGUCUGUAGAAACUAUUUCAAUAACUUCAGGACCUUUUUUUAAAGACCAAUACGAUCCUUUAAAUUUUCAAAAAGGUUUGAAAACACUAGACUUUUUUCUUCCAAACUACCUUCUCCGGUUUUAUUUUGAUUCAAAAAACUGUAGAAACUUUCAAAAUCGUUCCAAGACCUUUUUUGAAGGACCAUGGCGAUCCUUUAAACUUUUUGACAGCAUGAUGCAUCGAGUAGAGGAUGAACAAUGUUCCUCGAUCAAAAAGAACAAACAGAAGAUGGGCGGGACGAAAACUCCCAGACCGGAAACAACUUGUUGCCGUGUUAAACUCUAAGAAAUAACGAAAAACGGUCCGGAAUCCGUUUUGCGCAGGCGGCAGCGGCGGCAUUCCCCCCACGUGUUGACACAGGGAACAUGCUUCUGAUCGUUCUCCCUCCUUCUCUUUUUCUUCAAAACCGCGCCUUUUUACUUUUUCUUUCCUCUUUUUCUUCUUUUUUUCUCGACUUUUGUAAAUGUAGUGCUUUUUUUUCGAUCCUUUGUCCACUUGGGCCAAAUCUCCAUUUUUUUUUUUCUGAGCUGAAUAAAUUUAUAAUGGAAUAGAUUCACAUUGAUGGUUAUGUAUUUUUUUCAAAAAAAUUUAUCAAAAAAAUUUCCUUAUAUUUUUCUAGAUGAAUUUUGAAUUUUUUUAUUUUUGAUUUAAAUAAUAAGUUUUUUUCGUUGGAAAGUCUCGCGUAUUUCGAUUGAUUUUUUUCUCGGAUAUUUGAACUGAUUAUUCCAUUUUUUUGAGGUUUUUUUCAACAUAAUUUUUCUCAAAAAAACUAACCUUUUUGCAAUAUCUUUUCUGUGAGAAACUUUGAUUUUAAAACUUUAACGGUUGGCUGAAUAUUUAGAAUUUGAAAUUGACAAGAAUUAACUUAUAUAGAUUCAACUUUAACCUAUAUAAAUUAAUUCUUGUCAUUUUUUUAGAUUCUAAAGAUUCAACCAAAAAAAUAAAACUUUCCUUGACAAUAAAAUGAGUCCAUUUUUUAUUACCGAUAUAUCUCAGCUUUAACAAAACUCCAGAAAACAAUUAUUUCUCUAAAUGAGGGAAAAAAAGCUCAAAACCGAAUCUCAAACAGAUUUGUGCUCGUAAAUGACGGUUUCUAGUAUUUUCUGCACUUUUUCAUUCCAAGAAACAAGAAAUUUAAACAAGGUUCAAACUACAUUCUUUCGAUACGAAACACAGUCAAUUUUUAGCCGGCUUCCCUUGAAAAUAGGGAGUUUUCCUUGGGACAGUCCGGUGUUGCUUUGACAGCCGCCGCAAGCCGUCAUUUUUCCGCCCUUUGGGCGUCCAAAUCGGAAGUCGGCUUCAGUGCUGUUGUACAGUCGCGGCUCUUUCCGUUCCACAGCUGUUUUUCAUUUUUCUCCAUAAAUAAAUCACAGAUAUGUUUUUUUAGCAUAUUUUUUUGGAGAAGACUUUGAUUUGUUUGUUAUUCGGAUAGAUAUUCUGCUUCCUCAAUGACUAGUUUUUUUAUAAUCUGGAAAAGAGAAGAAAUUUUUUUAGUUUAUUGCCAAAUUUUACCAACCCUAAAAAGCUUUUUUUGAGACUUCUUGAAGUAAAAAAAUGACUUUCUUACUAUUUUUCAAAGAUUUAUUGGUCAAAAAUUGCCACAAGGAAGGUCAUUUUUUUUUUUGGGAUUCCUCUAAAAAUCGGCCACAAAGCUCCUUGAUAUGUCAGAAGCAGAUUCUGAACUUCAAAAGCUGAAAAACUUCCUACUUUUCGAGAAUUGACACCUCCUAGUUCAAAAAAACCCUCUAAAUCCGAUAAAUUUGCAUAUUUGGAGGCUAUGAGCUUUUAUUUUUCAAAUUUUUAGAAAUUGGGCAGGAUGAGAGUUUCAGAAUCUUCUUCUGGCACUUCUGACCAAAAUUCAGGAAAAUCCCAGUCGCAAAAUCAAAUGACCUCCUUUUUAGGGAUCAAAAAAAAUCUUUUUCAUAUGAGUUCAUACGCUUUUUCUGAAAAUCUCAUGACAUAUCCGAGCUGUUUCCAGACUUCGAAGGCUGGGCGGGACGCGCGAUGGAAGGCCGUGUGAUGGAGACGCCGAACCAUGGGCCGAGCCGUUCGGCGAACUCGGUCCGCAGCUACUGGGAGAGCAACAUCGCCGCCGAGCAGCGUGCUCGGGUUGGUUGACCUUUUAGAAUUGAAAAAGCAUUAGAAGGAGCUCAUGCUCAGCUACCUACAACAGUUGGUUUGAUCUGGAUCAGAUCAAUUUGAACAGAGUUUUGAUUUUUUUUUUUUGGCUUGAAGCUUGAAAAACCGGCUUUUUGAAAGGUCGAUGAUGAUAUUUUCUUGUUCCAGCUGCUAAUUUUGAAAAAAAAAUAUUUUAUCUUCAGAAGCUCAGCACAUUCGGCUCCUAUUUCCUGACUUCGAGCAUUUUUAAGGGAGAUGUGAUUUUUCGGCUAGAAACUUGAAAAAGUCAAUUUUUUAGAGCGAGUUUAAGAUUAACAUAGGAUGCUUUCAAAAAAAUUUUUUUAAAUUAGAACAACUUAAAAUUCCCAUUUUUUUACUAAAAAUUUGAUUCAAAUUUUUCCAAGUUUGAUUGCUCAACUCGUUUACGCUUGUUUAGCUCAAAUAUUCAUUUAUGACCCUUAGCAAAGAGGGAAAAUGUUGACGAUGGAUCUCUCCAGUCUUACAUUUUGAAGACCCGCGUUUGAAUAUUUUCACAUCUUUUUUCUUUUCUAUUUUCUACAUUUAAACUCUCAUGACCAUAAUUCACCUCAAUUGUGAUGAAAACGUUCAGCAAGACGAGGCGAAACAUCGGAAGCCACGAUCCUACGGAUUCCCGAAAUGGCGGUCGACAGACGCCCUUAGCGCCAGUUUGGUCGCUUCAAAUCCUGUCAGGAUUCCAACCGACAGCAGGAUUCCGGAAGAACGUCUUCGGAAGAUGGAGGAGACGGAGAGGGAAGCCAGAGAAGUCAAGGUGUCUUCAUUUGAUAGGGUAGAAGGGGAAGAAGGAGUGUCAGGAUUUUUUUGAAAGUCAAAAAAGGAAACCAGAAUCGUCAAUUUUUGAAUUUUUCUCGAUUCAAAGGCGGAUGACAUCACACUCUUGUCCAAAAGAAGUUAUUCAAGAUUCUUGACCUCGCAAGUCCAAAGAAAGGUAACUUCCAGCGUGAAAUCCACGAAAUCGCUGAGGAACCUGAACGACGUCUUCAUAAGGGCAAAAGCUUGGACUCGUUGGUCAUGCAGGUCGACUAUAAACCAUGGUUCUUCAAGAUAAAAAGAGAGACUUUUAAAAAAUUCAAUGAUAGGUAUGACACGGAGAAGAUCAAGCAGGCCGUCAGCCGCGAGUCCAUCGCCAACAUCGGCCUCGCUCGCGACUUCUUCGAGAACGUCGCGAGUCGCGACUGGCGCAGCGCGACCAACAGUUAGCGACUCAUGAAUCCUCUCAGUUGAAGCCUGAAAUUGAAGGUCGUCGAGACUCGAUCAGCUCGGUGAACACGCCGGCGCCGCCGCUGCCCCCCAAGAGCGACCACGUGCAGCUGCGGCAGAUGUACGCCGCCGCGGCGACGUCUUCAGCUCCUCCAGCUCGUCAUGUUCCCACAGUACUCGACUCGCCGCCCUCGUCCCACAACUCUAGCCGAUUCGAAGCGCCGGCCAACGGUCAUGGCGGACGCAUUCAGCAGCAAGGUUUUUUUUUGGUAGAUGUCAUUUUAUAGGUUUUAGAUGUUGUUUUUUGAACUUCAUCGGGCUACUUUUCCUUGAAGACAGUUCAAUGUAAAAUUCAUAAUUAUCUGAUCAGCAAACUCGGAUUUUCAAGUUUCUGAGGUUCACUAAAGCAAGAAAAAGCUCGAAAUUUUCAAUAAAAGAAAUAUUUUGAAGGCUCGCCUCAAUCUGCAGUCGAUCCAAUUGAACAGCAAGAAGUUCUCCUGAUGCUUUACAUGAAGCAGAACAUGGACAUUCUCACUGGUAAUUUUCUCAAAAAUUGAGAGAUCAAGGAGCCUGAAGAGACCCCAGACAGACAGAACCAUCCUUGUUCUCUGAAGUCUCCUCUAGCCUUCUUCAAUCUCUCAUUCUAAAAUAUCUCACAAAAAAGCUGAUGGUUCAGGCCUGGGCAUCAGCAUCCCCUCGGAAGUUCUCCAGGAGAUGGACGAGCUCCAGGGUCUUCCGGUGGAGCUUCGCGUCGUUGACGACGAGUCUCAGAGAGUUUGACAAAUCCAGAAAUUCCAUGAAGAUGUCAUUUUUGAAGAUGUCGAGCCCUUCUGCUAGAAACGGUCGCUACAAUCGCAAAUCCCAACCCCCAGUCCCACGAGCGAACGGAAAAUUUAAAAAGAACGAUUUUCGAGCGGUGAGUCUAAGAAGGUGGAGGGGGGUGAACAAUAAUUUUUUUGAAGUUCUGAUUUUUACCGAUAUAAACCACAUACCUUGAUGAAAAUGUCUGGCAUCAAGUUUUUUUAUUUCGGACAGUAUGGAACAUCAAAAAAUGACACAAAAACGGGAAAAAGCGUUUCAAAAAAAAAGUUUUUGUUUGAUCAAAGUCAUCUUUCUUUGAAUAUUUUGUAAACUUUAAGAAUGGGUUUCUCUGAUUUACUCUUAUUUACGGUCCUAUCGAUCUAUAAUUUUUGUAAUCUUUCAUUCUUAAAUACAGAAGUUUUGUUUUUCCUAAUAAAAAUUUUUCCUGAAAUUUGUUUCCGGCUUUCUCGCUUUGGAAAAUAUCUCAUUCGAAGAGGGUUGAACACAAAUUUUAAACACUUUUUAAUUUCCUCGAUCAAAUUUUCGUAGGCAGUUGUGAGUUAAGAGAACUUAGCCGAUUGUUCAAAUACCACUACCAAUUUUGAAGUCUCUUGUAGUUAUGAUUUUUCCCUGAUUUUCAGAAGUCUAUUCAAUCAAUUGACAAUUCAUAGUCGUAUUUGUGAUUGCUUAGGCGGUGAACAAGAACUUUCAAAGCUAUGACGAUCAACCGUCUUUGGCGGAGUAGAGGUCCGAACGUGUAAAUGAUCAAGUUGAAUGCAUGCUCUUACGGUCCUUCGCCCCGUUCUUCUGCGCGUAGUCUAUCCAGUUGCGCCUUGAAGAGCUCAGAAAGGCGGAUUUUGUAGCUCGAGCUCGCAGGCAGUUCUCUAGUUGAAAGCCUUGAAUGGAGAGCAACUUCGAGUGAAGAUUGUACACGAAAUCAUUCUUCUGAAAACUUUGAAAUUUGAAAAAGAUAUCAUUCAGAACCCGAUGAUGGGCGCUGUGGGAGAGCAGCUCAUCUCGGCCGACAUUCGCAAUUUGCGAGAACGCGAAGACGAGCUCCGAAGAACCCGCCACGGAUCUGAACUAUCCAUGAAUAGCUUCGAUUUUCCUCAGGUCUGGGCGAGACCAAAUUUCUUAGCUUCAGAAUAAAGGGAUGUCUUAUGAGAUAAAUUUUUUUUGAGAUAAUUUUGCACUUUUUCUUAUGCUUUUUAAUUAUUUUUCUGAAUUUCAGAACGGUUACGGUAGCCACGAGCACUUCAACGACUUCCAGAACAUGUCCCACCACGAGGCGAGAAGUUUUCUCUUAUAAACCCCCAAAAAAUCAUUGCACAUAACAUUUUUAAUACUUCAGUUGUACGUCUAAGCACCACCCGAACCGCCUAACAACUGCACUUAAUGGAUCGUUCUCACUAAAUCCUGGGUUUAUUUACGUUUUUUGCACUGUUAAUUAUUGCAUGUGGGGAAAAAAUGAAUGGAAACCCGAUUUUAGUCAAAUUGAGGAGUGAAUUUCAUGAGCGCUCCGUGGAAAAAUCGACUGGAAAAUCCGUUUCUACCCUCUAAAUGCCCAAAACUUUUGCGAAUAUCGCAGUUUUACAAAUGAAAAAGGAAAAUGUCCUCUCUUGUUUACAAGUGAUCUCUAGCUUCGAAGUUUCGAGUCCGGAAAAUUAGGCUCGAUCGGACCUCGGUUAGACAAACCGAACACGCCGCAGACACUUCUGCAAAAUUCUAGGGAUUAUUGAGUGCUGACGCGACUGAAGUGAUCACUAAAAUGCUCAGAAAAGACCGAGGAUCGUUCAUUUUGGGACUUGGACCUUGAUAACACAAAACGGAAGUGUCGGGGUACUUCUAGUAACCACUUUAGUGGUCUUAGCACUUUUAAGUGAUUCCUAGAAUCUGAAACGUCCGGUUUUCGUUACCGACGUCCUAGGAAAAAUUAAGUUUCCUGGAGCGCUAAUGUACUCCCGAAAUUAUGAAAUUCCCAUAUUUUUUCAGGUUUUCUUUUUCACAAGUACCUUUUAAAAUUUCACAAAGAACCCAAUGAAACUAAAACUCUUUUGAUUCACUUCAAAAAUGCUUCCUCUCCGAGAAAAAUCUUCUUUGUUUCAGAACUACGGCUACACUUCGUCGGCCCGUGAAGUUUUCCAGUAA